AAUUAGAAGACUGUUCUCAUGCGACUCAAUAAUCAUUUGCGACGAUGGCGUCCGUGUCGACCAAAGGCCAGCGGUACAUCGGCGAAACCAGAAAUCAAAUGCGACACGGGUAUGGAGUCUAUAAAUAUUGCAACAAGUUUUUCAAGUAUGAGGGAGAAUGGAAAGAAGGCAAGAAACAUGGGCAUGGGAAACUUCUAAUGAGUGACGGUAGCUAUUAUGAAGGAGAGUUCAUCAAUGGGGAAAUCGAAGGUCACGGCUUCAGGAAAUGGGCAACCUCACGGAACACCUAUUCUGGCCAGUUCUACAAUGGAGAGCUCCAUGGCCACGGGGUCAUGAACUAUGGUCUCGGUGGGUCUUAUGAAGGGGAGUGGCAACACAACAGGAGACAAGGUCAUGGUGUAUUAAAGCUUUCAGAUGGAACUCACUAUGAAGGGUCUUUUCAUAACAACAUCAGGCAUGGUGAAGGGUCGCAAACAUAUGUAAAUAAAGAUCAAUACGUUGGUGAUUGGAUAAUGGACAGAAGACAGGGAAGUGGGGAAUUACGAUGCAAUGAUGGAACAAUAUACGAUGGUCAAUGGAGGAAUGAUAUGUUUAAUGGCCAAGGGACCAUGAUUCACUGUUCAGGGAUGGUCUAUGAAGGAAUGUGGAUUAACGAUAAACCCGCACAAGAAGCAGCCGAGAUCGUGAUCCUCGGUGAACAGAUCAUCGAGCUCCAGCAGGGCCAGCCUUUCACCAUUGAGGUGGAGGUCAGGACGGCCGAUGGCGAGGUCGUCGACUGCGAGCAGAACCGUCGGCUGAGGGUAUCAGCAGGUUUCAAGCACUACGUCCCUAACCAGGGAAUGCCGCUCUUUGAUCUCAUAGAAGAGAUGGAAGAAAUACCCAUCCCAACACCAUAUGGUUACGAGGUUGUAGCCUACCCCCUCACGGACUACGACAAUCUGAAAGAGAAGUUAUCAGAAUCUGUCUUAAAGCCUUCAACUGCUGCCACAGAUGCGCUGACUGUGGUAACGGAUGCCAUGACUGCAGAUAAUGUCAGUGUAACGUUAGAAGAGGACGGGGAAGGAGAGGCGGAGCUUGGACCAGAGGUUGCACCAAGCACUGAGAUACCGCCUAGUACAGCUGCUGAAACAACGAUAGCCCCUAGCGAGAUGACAGGAGAUGAGAUCUCGGAGUCACCCCUCCCUCCCCCUGUCGAUCAUAGAGUAGUGGAAAAAGGAAAAGCAGAAUUCUUGGAUGUAGUUCUGCCUCCCGCUCCAUUUGGCUAUCAACCAUUCUCCAUCCUCGACAUCACCCUUGAGGAAGAAGCCCAGAAGAAGGCCAAGAACUCCAAAACGGCCGGUCUAGCGAACCAGCUUAGGAUCGGGGCCAAACUCAACAAGAGUAUAGCUUCUCCCACGCCUAGUGGCAAGUAUUCUUUAGUCUCUCCUUCACCUAGCGCCCAUGGCCGCUCUGCCACUGGCACGCCGAGCGGCAAAUUGCCCUCGGCUGUUUCUCCUUCACCUAGCGUAGACCGCAAGACGCAAACACCUGGUAUAGAUGAACUUCACGUGAAAUCAGAUCAAUUUUCUGUCGAUAAACUCAAGGACUUCAAGCUGAGCAAAGCAAAGAGAGAGAAGUACUAUGGCGACCUCAGAUAUGCAAGACCAGGUGAAUACGUGAUAAUGGUCGAUGACAUCACUGAGCCCCCUUUCCGCGGGUUCCGUCUUCCUACGGCUUUCUGUCUGGUGCGGAUAGCCUUCCCCAAGAAAACCAAGAAAGUGACGAAAUCCAAGAAGGAUUCUAAGUCGAGCACCAAGUUGGCUGCAGGAGGUGACUGACACAUGGACAGAUGAUGAACAGAUGAAUUGGAAGCCACGAUUGUUGUCAACUAGUCACAACAGAUUUCGACCGGUCACAACUGGAUUGGCCACAACUAGUUCCAGCUUCCACCUUUUUGUGGAACAAUUUACACUUAAAUUGUAUUUGAAUGUGUUUGAAACAAGUGCUUGCUUUGAACUCCAAGGGAGUGUUUCAACAAAGGAACUGUCAGAUGUUUUAUAUGACAAAGUCUGUUUUUUUUAUCCAUCAUUUACCACAAUAACAGUGCUUCUCAGCCAAUCAAAAUCAAGGAAAGUUGUCAUAUCUGACAACCCUGUCAGAUCACAAAUUUUGAUAAAACGCUCCAUUAGGCUCUGUAAGGCGAUGGUUUGCACACAACCUUCAAAUCGCAAUGCCCAAUCCAGAUCAUUGUUUCACGUGCAUUUUGUUCAAAAUGCUGACCAGGAACCAAUCAGAUUGGUGCUUUCAUAUCUGCCAUCCAUUGCAAACAUUUGUGUUUCGGGGGUUGCAUUUUGGUCAAAUGGAUUCUGGAGCAAAGGAUCUUUUCAAGAAGAGAUGGAGAAAAUGAAAGUCUGAAUCUUGGUUGUGUUGUAGACUUGCUGCUGAGAGGAAAGAUUCUGUUCAAGAAGACUGU